AUGCAUUUCCCAUCUCUCAUAUCUGCUAUCAUCCUGCUGCCCUACACCACCCAAGCACUCACCUACUGGCUAGACAAAAGUUGUGUUCCAGGAAAACCACUCGAAGCGCCCAACAGUACACCCGUAUCUGGGGAUGGUACUCAUGGCUGGGAUGUGCUUUUCGAUGAACUCAGAGCUGUAGGAAAAAAUGCAGGAGAUCGCUUGACGAAUGCAAGACGCGAUCCGGAUUUUACUAGAGCGUUCAAUGUUCUUUUUCGACAGGAUACCCAUAAUUUUAAUAAUGGGGUUGAUCAAGAUGGACAGGCGGCACUGGCACUGAGAAAAUAUUUCAUGGCUCUAGAGGGAAUGAGACAUGAGGAGGUUCAGGUCAAUGCUGAUCUUAGGUUUUAUUGUGAUAAUGAUGCACGCUGGGUUCAGAAAACGGGAGAUGGAGAAACGGGAUGGAAAGAUACCGAGAAUCAUUUAUCGACGCCAAAACCCUAUUGUAAGGAUACUGGUGUGAGUGCCAUUACAUAUAUUGAUUAUCCGGGACAAGACAGACCAGCUGUACAACCCGGUACACCGAAGACAAAUCAUAACCCAAAUCGUGCAACAAUCACACUCUGUGACCACGCCUUCAAAAAAGUAGACGCACAAGCCGAUCCCAGAUCAAACAAGUUGGCUCGAUAUCUAUUCUCCGAUGUCCCGGAAAAUUUCGAUUAUGCGGAUGUACAUUUAAAUCCUAGACCUAUCGAUUUCAUCACAUCUACUUUCACCGCAUUGUUAUUACAUGAGAUAUCACAUACAAGACCAUUUUUAACCAAAGAUCAAUUCGGAGACGAUUCAUAUGGAUGGCAUCAUGUAGCAGAGGAUGUAGAAGUGGAUAUUGCCAGAAAAAACGCAGAAAGUUUCAUGUAUCUAGCCGUCAUCUCAAUGUUCCAAGAUCGCAAUUUUGUACUCGAUAGGAGGGCUCCGGCGAAUGGGGAUCUGGAUAAGGAAGAUGAUGUGUAUAAACCGACAGCUUGA